AGACAAAUGGGAUUUGUUUCAUUUUCAUUAAGUUUAUUCAGCUAAUGCAAGUUUUUACAGUAUUAUGUACUGAAAACAGAUCAUUCCAUUGCUGUCACAACUCAGAGGGAAUUGAGUAAAAUUAGAUCAACUGCUAAAAUGUACAUCAAUUACUCAAUGCAUCUGGUUAAAAAUAAUACACUUAAUACAAUGUUAUAAAAAAAUAAAAGCACUUGACAACCCUGUAAACGCAACACACCUUCUCUUUUCAGCCAUGGCUUUUUUUUCUCUUCUCUUUUAAAACAGCCAAGAUUAUUUUCGCAGGUGACACUCGAACAAACAGAACAGGGUUUCACCUCUCCUCUCACUUCACAGUUGGCAGAAACUGAAAGUAUGACAUUCCCUCGACGUGAGCUGCGAUCAAAUGCAAAGAAUCACGUCUCACCUAAAAUAAAUAUUAGGCUGUCUGUGUUGUUUGCAUCACACACACACACACGUACACCCUGUAAAAUAAAUAAAGAGGUCUUGCCAAAUUCUGAUGUAUGUCAUGGUUAUGUCAAUAUAACCGCUCCAAGCUGGCGCGCUCUGUCUGCAGUUCAUCGUCUGAGCCUCGACCAGUGCAGCUCUGUGUCAUGCUACAGUGCUUCAAUCGCUCCAGCUGUCAGAGGACUCUCAGUGCAUUUGACAGUCUUCAUGAAAUCAGUCCAAGUGUGAAGAACAUAAAGCAGCUGGCGUAUGGAGCUCUGGUCAGACAAGCAAGCCAGCUCAGGGAAGAGCUCAGGCAGAAAGUGAGAAAGCCAUACAAAGAAAUGAUAGAUGUCUCAUUGGGCGACCCACACAGGGCAGGUGUGAAGCCUCUGUCAUUUGUCAGACAGGUUCUUGCAGCUUGUCUUUACCCUGAGCUUAUAAACAGCGGCAAACUGCCAGUGGACGUCAGACAGAGAGCUCAGUGGCUGCUUAAGGGAUGUGAUGGAGGGAGUGUAGGUGCUUAUAGUUCUACAGCGGGCAUACCAGACAUAGUCUGCAGAGUCUCUGAAUUCAUAACAAGACGAGAUGGUGGGGUCCCAUCUCACCCUGAAAACAUAUACAUCAGCACCGGCUCACAGUGGGCACUCACGAACAUCCUCAACGUCUUGGUAAACCGCGAGGCGUCACCCAAAACAGGUGUGCUGAUCCCAGCGCCAUGCUACUCAGUUACUUCUGAGUCCAUAAUGGAGUGGGGAGGAGUCACUGUCCCCUACUACCUCAGUGAGGAGCAGGGCUGGGAGCUGCAGGUGGAGGAGCUGCAUCGAGUGCUGGAAUCUGCAAAGGGGGUCUGCAACCCUGUAGCUCUGUAUGUUGUCAACCCUGGGAAUCCAACAGGUCUGGUUCAAAGCAGGGAGUCGAUGCAAGGGGUGAUCCGAUUUGCUUCAGAGAAGAGGCUCUUCCUUCUGGCUGAUGAGGUCUAUCAGGACUUUGUUUAUGGGGAGAAAAGCAAGUUUUUCUCCUACAAGAGGGUUCUGGCUGAGAUGGGUCCUCCUCUGUCAGACACAGUGGAGCUCGCAUCCUUUGCCUCAGUAUCCAAAAGCUUGAGCGGAGAGUGUGGUCUGCGUGGUGGAUACGUGGAGCUGGUAAAUCUGGACCCUGCCGUUCUGAAAUGCAUCAGCAACCUGUUCUCGAUGGACAGCUGUGCACCCGUGUUGGGUCAGUUUGCCCUGGAUCUGAUGACGAACCCUCCACAACCAGGAGAUCCCUCAUACCCACUUUAUUGUGUGGAGACUCAGAACAUCAGGAGGAUGAUAGCACAUAAUGGUAAGAGAGUCUUUGAGGUGCUGAACAGUCUGCCGGGUUUCUGCUGCCAGCCUGUGGAAGGAGGAGCAUUUGCGUUCCCCAGAGUGCAUCUUCCAUCUAAAGCCAUUCAGAAAGCCAAGGAAAUGGGAAUGCCACCUGAUCUGUUCUACAGUUGCAGACUACUGGAGGAGGCUGGGGUGUUUGUCAGACCUGGUUGUGAGUUCUCACAAAAGGAGGGCACCCAUCACAUCAGAAUUUGCAUUUUGGCCGCUGAGGACACUAUGGAAGAAUUACUAAGACGCCUGACCAGCUUUCACCCACAAUUUAUGAAGGAUUUCUCUUAAACAGAAGGCAAUCACUUUCAUCCAUCUGCACAUAAAUAAUUCAUUCAAACAAUAAAAAGGAUCUGAUCAUU